AACAAAAGAGAGAAAAAACAGUCAGUAUUAACUUCGAAUUUUGUUUUCACGUUAGUAAAGUAUACAGAGAAAACGAUUUAUGAAUCCUUAGAGUUAAUUCUAUUGCUACUGGCCUAGUCCGUAGUUAUGUUGAGCUAAAGAACGACUUAUGUUUCGAACUUAUAAAUAGAAAAGAAAGCCAAUUUCGAAAGAUAAAAUAAAACUUUAUUUGUUUUGUCUAUUUUUGUAAAAAAAUUACUUUUUGUGAAAAUCACAUAUUUCUUGGGAUAGUUUCGAAUUAUUACAAUGUCCAGCUUGCGACCGUGGCAAAGAAACAAGUAUGGCGGCAGCGUCAAGUCGGGAAGUAGUGGUGGUGGUGGCGGGGACUGAAAGCAGCACACAACAGCGACCACAGCGCAACAAAGACAAGAUGGCUUUGGACUUGUUUCACUUAAUCUUUCUUUUCCAUUAUUUUCAACACUAUUACACCCAUGUAGCGGCAGUAGAGAGCCACAGUCAAGCUUUUAUUCAAACUGACAAACAUCUUACAUAUAUAGUUGGAGACUUACACCAUUUACCAUUAGAAAUAAAACCAGGUGAAAGUUAUUCAGAAUUAAACUUUCAUGAAGAAAAUAAUUUACCAAAUGGGGUUCGGCUUGAUCCAACAAUGUUAGAUUUUGGUGAACACCCUGUGGGUAUGCCUCAUCUACAACAGGUUUCUGUACAUAAUGCUGACACAAAAACCAGUUUACACCUGUUGUCCAUAUCAGGCAGUACAGCACAUUUUCACUGUUCAUUUUUUCAAGAUAAAAUGGUUCCUCCUGGAGGAAACACAACAUUUGAUGUUGUAUUUCUAGCGCGUCAGGUUGGCCCAGUUGAAAAUACAUUAUAUAUUCACACAACCCAAGGGUCUUUUAAAUAUCAGGUGUUUGGAGUUGGAAUUCCAAAUCCUUAUAGGCUUCGACCGUAUUUGGGUGCCAAAGUCCCCUUGAAUAGUAGCUUUUCUUCUUUAAUUGAAAUGCAUAAUCCACACAGUUCAACUCUCCAGGUUGUGGGAAUGUUCUCAAGUGCUGGGGAUCUGCACUUAGAACUCCCGACGGGAGACAGAGAGGCUAUAACAUCAUUGUGGGAAAUUCCACCAUAUGAAACAAAACCUGUAAUGCGGGCCAACUUUAUAGGAAGAGUAGAAACCAACCAUACAGCUUUUAUACGUAUCAAAACAAAUCAUGAGCAUAUUCGAGGUGUAUUAAUACUUCCUGUCGAAGUGGAGGUUACCUCAGCUCCUGGUAUAUAUUCUCCAGUAGAGAUGAUUGAUUUUGGUAUUCUACGAACUUUAGAUGAACCUCAAACAGUACAGCUGAAUCUGGUAAACACAGGCUCAAGGCCUGUUCAUGUUACAGGUGUUUCCUUAUCACCUCCAAAUGAUGCUAUAUCUGUAGAAUUCCGACCUAUGAAACUACAACCAGAUGUAUUACGUCGUGUAGCAGUAGCCCAGAUUACAUUUAGAGCCACUAAAGCUUUAAAUCCUAGACAGUGGUCUGGAAAAAUUGUUGUAAAAUCCAAACAUAAUAUGAAUAAAUUGUCUAUCCCUUACCAAGUAAAUGUACUUCAUGGGUCAUUAGUCUACAAUGCAAACAGCACUCACUUUUACAGUGGCUCAUUUAUGAGAAACCAUACCAGAUCGCUGGCCUUUACUAAUACUUUUAACUUCUCUAUAGUCAUAUAUAAUGUUAGCCUUCCACAUGGUAUACACAAAUAUUUUUCAAUCAGAAACUUCUCUAAGCCUGUGAUAAUUCGUCCCCAGGAGAUUCUAGUGCCAUUUUUGUUGCAUUUCCAUCCAAACACUACAUCACUUCAUUUCACCUCUCAAAUAAUCAUUCAGACAAAUGCAUCUAGCUUCAGUAUUCCUAUCAUCGUAUACAGUGGUCUUCUUAAGGUCAUACAUCAUCGACCAGAAAAGUCCAAGGGUCAACUUGAUUUUGGCACAACAGGGGUUGGGGAACACCGUAGUAUAACAUUUACAAUACAAAAUAACAAUCCAGUAAAUAUUGUAAUUGCAGAGUUUAGUUGCAGUAUGAACCAGAGCAGUUUACAGUUACUUGGCAUAGAAAAAGGCAAUGGUACAACACUUACUAAAUUUCACAACAUUUCCGAUAUUGACACAGAUCCAUUAAUAUUAAAACCUUACCACAUUGCUGUGUUCAGUGUGAAUGUCACUGCUGCCCUAUAUGAAGGCAUGUUCUCUGGACAAGUCCUUAUUGUCACUCAAUUUCAGACCCUAUUUAUACCAGUAUCACUCAGAACUGCAAAAGGAAGUUUAAAUGCUAUUCCAGAAAAACUUAUUUUUGAUAGAGUAUAUCCAGGAAAGAUUCCAUAUAAGGUAUUACAAAUUCAUAGCACCUUUGAAGCAUAUAUGAAAGUGACACAAGUAUCAUUUCGACCAGCAGACUCACGCUUCUAUUACAGACCAGCUUCAGAUGGACAAGUAAUAUUGGAACCUUUAAAAUACAAUAGAAUUGGUAGAAUAUAUUUUGAUGCCAAGAGGGGAUGUGAUGAAGAAUGCUAUGUAGGUUUACCCACACAUACUCCAGCUGGUCACCAAUGGUUACUGGGUUUGGAGUUAGACAGAGAAGUUGCAGACACAGACCAAUAUUUAUAUACACAUCUUCAACAGAAAUGGGAUCGUGUUGCACGAGUGGAUCAAAGCACGGCCAAUGUAACAAUAGAGCUAGACACUAAUCAAGUGCGAGGUUUUCUCUUUUCGGCACAAGCACAUCUCUAUUGGCCAGCCUUAAUAAGGAAGUGUAAAAUAAAAUUUCCUCUUACUCAGAUUGGAAAUGUGUCAUUAUCAGAUUUCAUUGUAGAAAACCCUGGGGAUGUGCCAGUUCUGAUACAAAUCUUUACUUUACCUGUCUAUCCAAACCCGCAAACUAUUGUCGACCUUAUGAGUAAUAGACUUGCAUCCGAUCUCUCAGAUUACAUAGAAACAGAUGAUAGAGAUAUUUUCAUCUUGCCAGAUCUUGAACACUCCUAUUCUACACCAAAUUCCCAGCUCCACCGAUACCGCAAACACAUAGAAAACACUUUAGGUAUCAAACCUCACAAAGAAACAAUCACAGCCCUCCUCAGCCCAGGAACAAAGUUAAAAUUCCAAGUAGGAUUUCGUCCUAAAGAUGAUCUAUCUAGAACUUCUCUAAUCAUUAUAAGAAACAACUUAACAAUAAUAGACAGUCUUGUGGUACAGGGUCAGGGUGGUCAGGGAGAAAUGAGAUUCAGUAACAGAAAGGCUGGCUCUCGAACACCACUACUCUUUGAGAUGACAGAGAAACAUUUAAAGAACUGUGAUAAAAAAAAGCAGGGUAAAAACUCAUUGCCUCAUUUUACUGUGAAAAGAAUGUUUACAAUGCGAAACACAGGAGAAUUACCAUUUUAUGUACAUGGAUUCAGCAUAAAUUCUUCACCUUGUGAAGGAUAUGGUUUCAAAGUGUUAGACUGUGCUGGCUUUGAGCUGCUCCCUAAUGGUAGUCAGAAAAUAGAUAUUGCUUUCACUCCUGACUUCACCAUGUCUCGUAUUCGUCGUGUUCUUACAAUCUCUACAAGUUUAGGGCCACCAGUGAACUUUACUUUGCAGGCUACUGUACCUCCCUAUAUGCUAGCCAGAUGCGCUGCUGCCCUACCUCGCCCAAGUUGGGAAAUGGGUCUCUACUAUGCCUUUAUUUGUAUAAUUGUUGUGCUCACUCUGUGUGUAUUUAUUACAGCCUAUCUUGAAGCAAAGCGCAUUUGUGUGGCAGACUCUUACAGACGAAAACUCAAAGUGUUAAAUGGUACACAGCCAUAUGAGAAGGGUAAAGCAUUUGAUCUGAAAAAUAUCUCUGGGCUUUCAUCUGUUUCUAAAACGCUACCACAAAACUCUUCUGUAGUUACAGAGGGUCGUGCUUCACGCUUGCUUCCUGAGAGUUCAACAAAUCACACAGACCACACAAAUAACAAGAGGGACAAACAGUGGACAUUUAAAGCAAAUUAUUUAUUUAAAAAGCUUCCUACCAUAUUUUCAAUAUUUGGUUACAAGAGAAAGCCAAAUAUUUUAAAAGUGAAUUCUCAUGAAAAAGAUACUAAAGAUUUAUCAAACAAUUUAAAAGCUGCCAUAUAUGAUGUGAAAAACUGUUCAGCAAAUUCUUCUGAAGACUUCAAUGAACGUAGUAACAGUGGCCAGAACAAUGUAGUUAGAAAAAAGACACGCCCAGGUAAACGGUGCAACAAUGAUCUCAACUCAACAGAAUUCAGUGAUAAAAAAAAUGUUUCUAACACUGACACAAACCAAUCUAGAAAAUCAAAUUAUGAUACAAAAGACUUCAACUCUUCUUCAUUUGAAACAAAGCUAAACAGUAAUGGGAGAAUAUCUAGUGAAGAGCGACGUGGGAACACUUGCUCUGUAAUUGAAGAAGACAAACCAACACCUGUCAAAGCAGAAGUCCAAACAAGUAAAAAUGGAAAGAACAGAAAGAAGAAAAAUAAACAAGAAAACAAAGAACAGAAUACGAAGUCCCAAUUUACCACAAUGAAAGAUGUAACAGAUGAGAAAGAUGAAACAUCAUCUACAACAACAGAAUCUUCCACGGGUGAUUUUGAAGAAAAGAAUUGUUCCAGGGAAGCAAGUAAUAAUUCCAACAAUUUUUCGGAGGUAUCAAAAUCCAAGUCCAAGAAAUCCAAACCAGUUGAGAAACAUUCUCCAAUUAUUGAAGACAUUGUCUAUGCUGAUGAUGAUUUUGAGUUGACUACACGAUCAAAAGCUCACAAGAAAAUAAAAGUGAACCCCAAAGAUACUUAUGGUGGAAAUAUCUGGAAACCUAAUACACUGGCUCUACCUUAUAAUCUGGAACCUAAGAAAUCUCCUGAGAGAAAGGAAUACACUGUGGAAGUGGUCAACAAAACUAAAAAGGCGCCUAGACAAAAUAAAGGAAAAGCCAGGCUUGGGUACACCACAAGCUCUGAAGAUGAUAAUGCUUCUAGCCGAUCUGAGAAUGAUUAUAUGCGGAAAUGUAAAGAUCCAUGGGACACACCAGCUCGUGUGGCACCCAUUGGAGACCUCAGUGAUUUAGCAAGUCAAACAGAAAAUUUUGCCCUUCAACACAACCGUUCCUAUACAUCGUCUCCAAUUCAGACUGCAUUGAGCACACCUACUUUUUAUCCCAACACCACAGAGAUCUCAUCAUCUCCAUUACCAAGCUCUCCUGCCAGCAGUUCUGUUAGUAGCCGGUCAAGCAGUUACAGCAGUGUGGUCAGCAACAACAACAACAUUGACAAUACUAACAACACUCACAUGCUUAUCGGACCGUCAGCUUCUGUACAGAAGUCUAACAAGUCUUGCAGCUCUCCUGCUAGUCCAGUUGAAAAUAAAUGGAAUGAAUUCAACCUUUUUGCAGACCAUGGACUAUCAGGUGCUUUUACCACUCGAUGCAGCCAACCCUCCAACUAUACCAAUACUCCUGCAAGCCCAUCUGUCUACAACAAUUUCAGUCUUCCAUCAAUCCGGGAGAACCAAAUCUCUUCUUCCCUCAUUGACACUUCAAUAGGGUCUGAGAACCAAGCAGCUCCUCAGUUUUCUUUGGACUCUUUCUCGUCCAAUAACUCGAUGUCUCCAUCUGCUCCAAAUUUUUACAAUUGCAACCUGCUACAACCAGCAAUGACAACCUCCUGCACUCAGGCUGAAUCAGAUUAUAAAGUUAAAAGUGAAAACUGGCCCAACUUCUUGAUGCAACAAAAUUCUGUCCCUGAGACUCCUUGGAAUUAUUCUCCUUUGAGCUCUACCAUGUGGACAACUCCAGGCAACUUACAGACUUCAAGUUUUGAGACUCUGCCAUCAACCAGUACAUAUGACCCUUUCAGUCCAAUGGCUCGCAUUUGGGGUCCACCUCGUUCAUCCUCUGGCACCAACUUUGACUGGAAUGUCCCUCACAAUCAUCUGAAGGAUUAAAACAAAAAUAUGCUUUAUAUAUUGGAAGGUUUUUCUGUUUGUUUUUUUGUUUAAGCAGUCAAUUGCAGCCGUUUUAUUUUUGUUCUUCUCUCCUUUAUUUAUUAAUUUUUUUUUCCUAGAAGCUGCAUUUAUUGCAGCUUAUCAAACCAGGUUUCAUUGCAUUGCUACCAAUGCAUUUCUCUUAUCUAAGUAAACAACGGCUUAUCUUUUUCCCUGGCUCUUUAAAAUUUCAGCAGUUUUCUCAAGAUUCGCUUUGGAUCUACUUCCUACUCACACUAGCUUAUGAUAUUCUAUCUCUCUCUCUCCUUCUAUGGUCUCUUCCUCUUUCUGUCUCAUUUCUCUUCUAUCUAUCUCAAUCUCCUGUCACUCUUAUGCACUUCAUGUUAAUUAAAAUUGGUUAAAUUUAUCUUUACUAGAAAUGUGACUUAGACCAGAUGUUUAAUGCCAGGCUGACAACUGUACCACUUGCACCCUUACUGAUCAACUAAAUUAUAGAUUUUAUUUUUUAAAUUAUUUAACAAAGACACUUUUUCAAAAUCUAGGGUUUGCUCAAAUUGUAAAGAAAACUUUUUUUUUCUUUUAUAAAUUCUCCACACUGCCAGCUUUCUGUAAUUUUUAUUUUUUUAUUUCCAUCCCGAGAUAUGAAAAAUCCCUAAGUUAUGCCACUAUCCCCACCAAUAUUUACUAACCUUAAGAAUGUUCUUGCUUUCAGUGGGCAAAAAACAGGAAUGAUAACCAGAAUUAACUUUCAGACCUUUACUCCAGGCCUUCCAUCUUGUUACCUUAAUAACAUAGAAACUCUCAAUAUUUGACUAACUUUGGUGGUAAGGGCCUACAAUCUUCUAGUCACUUAUUAUUCCUCUUUUUAUUCCCCCUCCCCACAAAAGCUUUUCUCUUUUUUCUGUUCUGUUCAUUUCCACGUUUGUGUUUCAUGCGCGGAGCAAAGCUGGCAGCUUAUGUUCUCUUGCACUUUUCAGUCAAAUUUCUGGUCUCUCUUGUGCCCCACCCACAAAGUUCCUCUACUCAUACAAUUUGCCUGGAGUUCCCUGUUGACUAGAAAGCAUCUCCCACCCAUAAAAAACCCAACUCAGAUGAUAAAACUAUAAAGAAAGCAGUUUUAAAAUGGAUCAGCUCUUCUGGCCUAUCAAGUAGUGCCCUCAGCCAGAUCACAUGCCAACAGCAAUUUGAGAAAAGUAAAUUUAAGAAAAAAAACAAUAAAUAAAUUGUUUUAAAUUUUUUUUACCGCA